AUGCAAAAGACAGAGGAAGAACUGAAAAAAGAACAGGAGGACGCUAAGAAAGAACUCGAUGAAUUGUUCAAGAAGUCGAAACCAAAGAAUCUUGCCGAUGGAUUGGGCCAAGGUGUCAACAACAUUGUAGGCGGCGCUUUGGGAGGUGUUGGGAUCGCCGUGUUAGCCCCAACAGCUGGGUUUGCGGCAGGAAUGAAGAGAGGGGGAAUACUUGGUGGGAUCGCUGGAGGAACAGGCGGUGUCGUUGUCGGUGCAAUUGGUGGCGUAGGAAUGAUUCUGGGUGGGGCCGUGUCAGGAGUGACUCAAAUUGUCCGUGGUGCUGCUGCCCAACCAGCUGCCAUGAAAGCCAAAAAGGAUGGGAAAUGGUGGAACGAGAACACCCAUGAAUGGGCAUUGACAAACCUGAAGGAGACUAAUAUUCCCGAAAACGAUGAUGAUUUGCUCAAGAAUAUAAAGGAUGAUUUGGAUUCUGCAGGAAAACCAGGCAGUGCGUCGGCCGAGGUGAAAGAUACCUUUUAUUACGAUGCCCUGGAAAUUGACACCAGCGCGGAUCCUUCAGCAAUCAAGCGACGGUACUAUAUCUUGGCCCGAAAAUACCAUCCUGACAGAGUUGGGCAGGACGACAAAGAGAGUGCCGACAAAUUCAAGCAGAUUGCAGAAGCUUACCAUGUGCUGAGUGACCCUAAGCUUCGACAAACGUACGACAAAGAAGGACGAGACGGUCUCUCUGGUGACAAGACCGAUAUCAAUGGCAGCGGAAUGGAUCCAUCCAUUCUAAUGGCAUUCCUCUUUGGAUCUGACAAGUUCAAUGACUACUUUGGGCGUUUGGCAACUUCUACUUCGGCCAUGUUGGGCGACAGUGCCAAGUUCUCUGCAGAGGAUUCGCGUACAUUACAGGAGCGUAGAUGCACUCGAUUGGCCGUCAAAUUGGCCGAGAAGGUCGAACCAUGGGUAAAGGAUGAUUUCGAGAUUUGUACUACUAUGUGGGCAACCGAAGCUGUGGAGCUUAGCAAGGCUUCCUAUGGGUAUGAGUUGGUCAAGGUUCUAGGAAUGGCAUAUGAAGUCACGGCUCUACAAUUCUUGGGAUCAACCGAAUCUGGGGUUGGCAUGCCCUCUAUUGGGAAGUGGGCAGCUGGCCAAAAGGCGAAACGAAAGCAAAAGAAAGCAGGAAAUCAAACUCAAGUCGAGUCUUUGCGCGCUACGUUCAACGCCAUCCAACUCCAGCAGGAGUAUGAACAAAAAAUCAAGGAAGCAAAAACACCAGAAGAAAAGGCCCAACUUGAGAAGGAGCUCGAAGAUGCUGCUCAAUCGUCGGUUCUAAGCCUUAUUUGGACAGCAACUGUUGUGGAUAUUACCUCAACGAUUCACGAGACAUGCCAAAUGCUUUUCUUCGAUCAAAGUGUGGACAAGGAGUCACGAAAGAAACGUGCCAAGGCUGUGAAGAAUCUUGGCUUAACUCUUCAAGCGUGCCCCGAACCAAUCAAAGAGAAACAAGACGCCAAACAUGUGUUUGAAGAAGCAGCAUUGGCUGCAAUGGUAGAGACCAUGAAGCAAAAAGACGAAGCGUCGUUUUCAGCCUCCUUCAGAAAUAAAUAG